AUGAAAACAGAAGAAUCGAACAAAUCUACUGCAUUUAAUGGGGACCGCGAAGCUUACCAAAGGAAAUCAGUGACUUCUUCUCGCCCUGCUUCUUCCUUCUUUGUCGAUAGCCUUGCGAGUUUCCUAUUUUGUCGGCCUCUUCUUAUUCUCCUUCUCCUUCAGCUUCUAGUGACUACCACGAACCCGCAGAUUGAAGCUAAUGGAAUUUUUGGGGCCACGUCGAACACUUUUCACAGAUUGCGAGAGGUGCAGUUGAAGGGUUUCACUCCGUCUUUAGCUUUUCUAGCUAUUUUGAUCAACUGUUACGGCCACGUGGGACUCUGUAUCAACAACAUGAUUGGGGAAGCAUUGGAUUUCCACGAUGAGGUAAUUGCAAAAGGAUAUUUUUUGGAUGAAGUUAGUUACGGCACAAUAAUCAAUGGAUUAUGUAAGGUGGGGAAAACCAGAUGUGCUGUCAAAUUACUCCAGAAGCUGCCUGGACUUGGAAUGAAGGCUGACGUAGUUAUGUACAGCACAGUCAUGGAUGGUCUUUGUAAAGAGGGAUUUGUGAGAGAGGCACUUGAUUUGUUCUCAGAAAUGAUUGACAAUGGAAUAUUUCCCGAUACUAUUGCAUACACCACUCUCGUGGAUGGAUUCUGCAAAAUCCAGCAAUGGGAAGAAGUUACUGAAUUGCUCAAUGAUAUGUUUCGAAGAGGUAUCAACAUGGAUGUGACCACCCUUACUACAUUCGUGGAUGCAUUUUGUAAAGAAGGAAGGAUCAUAGAAAGUCAAGUCAUGUUUGCCAAAAUCAUGAAGUAUGGUCAUAAGCCUAAUGUCAUUUCCUAUAACAGCUUAAUGAGUGGAUAUUGUAAGGUCAAUAAUGUAAAGGAAGCAAUUGAAGUAUUUAAUAAAAUGAUUAAAAGUGGUUUGAGGCCAAAUGUGUUGAGUUAUAACGUUUUGAUUGAUGGGUGUUGUAAGAAUAAAAGAUUGGAUGAGGCCAUGUAUCUCUUUAAGAAAAUGCGUUCAAGAAAUUUGGUUCCCAGCAUAGCAAGUUAUAAUUGUCUGAUUGACGGCUUUUGCAAAGCAGGAAGAAUCUCAUUUGCUCGUGAUCUUCUUGUUGAGAUGCAUCACAGAGGUCAUCCUCCUAAUAUAAUCACUUAUAAUAUCUUGAUACAUGCAUUAUGUAAAAGGCAGGAUAUUGAUCGAGGAAUUGCAUUAUUUCAACAUAUUGUCGAAAAGAAUAUUCAACCUACAGUUCGCACUUACAAUAUUCUCAUGGAUGGUUUGUGCACUAGUGGAAGAUUAAAUAAGGCAAGAGAGAUUUUUCAAUAUCUUUUGAUGGAAGGUCGGCAUCUAGAUGCUCUGUCCUAUGCUAUUAUGAUCAAAGGACUUUGUAAAGAGGGUUUGUUUGACGAGGCAAAGGCCCUCCUUGAUAAAAAAAUGGAAGACAUCGACUGCAUCCUAGACACGCCAACUUUUAGUUAUUAUUGGACAUCUUAUUGA